AGGCCAGCCUCACCCGCCCGCCCCUCCGCCUGCACCGCGGCCGCUCGGGCUCUGGAGGGCUGCUCCUUCGCGGUCCGGCUCCGGGCCGCCCGCAGCAGCCUCUCGCUCUACCUGCCGCAGCGCUGCCGGGCCCUCCGCGCGGCACGUGAGCGCGCCCGCCGAGAAGGGCCGCCGCCGCCGAUACUUUCUCUGCUGUGAGAAUGUAAAAUGGAUCCAGAAGAGCAGGAGCUAUUAAAUGAUUACAGAUACAGAAAUUACUCUUCAGUGAUUGAAAAGGCCUUAAGAAACUUUGAGUCCUCGAGUGAAUGGGCAGAUCUCAUAUCUUCCCUGGGCAAGCUCAACAAGGCUCUUCAGAGUAACCUGAAGUAUUCCUUGCUGCCGAGACGGCUCAUUAUCAGCAAGAGAUUAGCUCAGUGCCUGCAUCCUGCUCUGCCCACCGGUGUGCACCUAAAGGCCCUAGAAACCUACGAGAUUAUCUUCAAAAUCGUGGGGACCAAAUGGCUAGCCAAAGAUCUGUUCCUAUACAGCUGUGGGCUGUUUCCUCUUCUGGCAAAUGCAGCCAUGUCGGUGAGACCUGUGCUGCUUGGCCUGUAUGAGAAAUACUUCCUUCCACUGCAGAAGCUGCUCCUGCCCAGUCUCCAGGCCUUCAUCGUGGGCCUGCUACCCGGCCUGGAGGAGGGCUCGGAGAUUUAUGACAGAACCGAUGCCCUACUCCUGAGGCUGUCCCUGGUGGUUGGCAAAGAGGUGUUUUAUGCUGCCCUCUGGGGGAGUGUCCUGGUGAGCCCGUCCAUUCGCCUGCCCGCCUCACUCUUCGUGGUGGGCCACAUCAGCAGAGACUCGCCCGGCAGGGAGCAGAAGUACAUGCUGGGCACUGAUUACCAGCUCACGGUCAAGUCUUUAUGCACAUCACUGUUGGAUUCAAAUGUUCUGGUGCAAAGAAAUAAUCUGGAGAUUGUUCUGUUCUUCUUCCCAUUUUAUACCUGUCUGGAUUCCAAUGAGAGAGCCAUUCCCCUGCUCAGGUCUGACGUCGUGCACAUUCUCUCAGCUGCCACCCAGACCCUACUGAGAAGAGAUAUGUCUCUAAACAGAAGACUUUAUGCGUGGUUACUAGGUUCAGAUAUUAAAGGAAAUGCCAUUGUGCCGGAAUCUGAAAUCUCAAGUUCUUAUGAAGACCAGUGCUUGUAUUUUUUUGAAAAAUAUUCCAAGGAUCUUUUAGUUGAGAGUCUGACUGAGAUAUUGCACCAGAGGUUUGCGGAUGCCGACAUAGAGGAGCGCCACCACGCAUACCUGAAGCCUUUCCGCAUCCUCGUCAGUCUGCUCGACAAGCCAGAAAUAGGGCCUCAAGUGGUUGGGAAUUUGUUUCUGGAAGUCAUCCGGGCAUUUUAUUCUUACUGCAGACAUGCUCUGGGCUCUGAUCUUAAACUUAGCUACACUCAGAGUGGAAAUUCGCUGAUAAGUACAAUCAAAGAAAACAGAAACGCCUCUGAGAUCGUUAAAACGGUGAACUUGCUGAUCACUUCCCUAAGCACGGACUUCCUCUGGGAUUACAUGACGAGGUGUUUUGAGGAUUGCUUUAGGCCAGCCGAGCAGAGUUACACUGUCAAGAAGAGCGUUGGCCCUCCCCCGACGGUCUCGGAGCUCUGUACCCUCCUUGUCUUCCUUCUGGAUGUUAUUCCCCUGGAACUUUACUCUGAGGUGCAAACCCAGUACCUCCCGCAGGCGCUUGCCUGCCUGGUGCAGCCACUGGCUGAGGAAAUGGAGGCUUUAAGCUUACCUGAACUCACACAUGCCUUGAAGACAUGUUUCAAAGUGCUCAGCAAGGUGCAGAUGCCACCUUCCUACCUGGACACGGAGCCCACAAGUGGAAGCUCGAGUCCAGUGAAAGGUGAAAACAGUGAAAUCAUUUUAGACACAAAGGCAGUGAUUCCAGAUGCUGAAGACACUUCGUUUCCUCCGCUCCAAUCGGAAGACAGUGGGAUUGGGCUCAGUGCCUCGUCGCCGGAGCUCUCCAAGCACUUGCGGGUCCCCAGAGUCUCUCCUGAAAAAGAUGAUGUUUGGAAGAAGGGCGGGAGUAUGCAGAGGACGUUUCUUAACAUCCAAGAGCUAGUUGCCAACUUUGCCCACAAGAACAUUUUUGGAGUACCACGAAUGGCAUCCAGAGAAGAAAACAAGAUAGAAGAGCCUGCAGGCCAGGGGCACGGGGGCAGGACGCAGGGCACGGAGGACGGCGACUCUGGCGGGAAGAACUCGUGGGAAGCCAAGCCCAUCAGUGUGCCCCAGUUUAAGCAGAUGCUCUCAGACUUGUUCACCGUUCGAGGGUCUCCAUUUAAGACAAAAAGUGCAGAGUCGCAUUUGCCCAGUAGCCCUGGCCGAAAGGAGGGAGACUGGGCUGUGGAACAGGUGGCCGUCAACCUGGGGAGCUCACGGGAGGGCUGCAGGGAGGCCUUUGCGGCCGCCUGCCACCUGCUGCUGGACUGCGCCACCUUCCCUGUCUACCUGUCCGAGGAAGAGACGGAGCGGCUCUGCGAAAUGCUCUUCCAGCUUCCUGGAGCCAGCAAUUCCAGUUUUCCAUCCUGGCUGAAAUCCCUUAUGACCAUUGGCUGCUGUGUGACUGACUGCUACCUCCAGAAUGUGGCCAUCUCCACCCUGCUGGAAGUCAUAAACCACUCCCAGUCUCUAGCGCUUGUCAUUGAAGACAAGACAAAGCGCUAUAAAAGUUCAGGACACAACCCAUUUUUCGGCAAGCUGCAGAUGGUGACAGUCCCUCCCAUUGCUCCAGGAAUGCUGAAGGUCAUGGCAGAGAAAACAGACUUCUACCAGAGAGUGGCUCGUGUGCUUUGGAAUCAGCUGAACAAGGAGACCCGGGAGCAUCACGUCACCUGUGUAGAACUGUUCUACCGGCUGCACUGCCUGGCCCCGACGGCCAACAUCUGCGAGGACAUCAUCUGCCAUGCCCUCCUGGACCCUGACAAGGGAACAAGAUUGGAAGCUCUGUUUCGUUUUUCUGUCAUCUGGCACCUGACGAGAGAGAUCCAAGGCAGCCGAGUGACAUCUCACAACCGCUCCUUUGAUAGGCCCUUGUUCGUCGUGCUGGACAGCCUGGCCUGCACGGACGGUGCCAUCAGUGCAGCAGCCCAGGGCUGGCUGGUGCGGGCGCUGUCCCUCGGCGACGUAGCACGCAUCCUGGAACCCGUGCUCCUGCUGCUGCUCCAGCCCAGAACCCAGAGGACCUCCGUUCACUGCCUGAAGCAGGAGAACUCAGCAGAAGACUUGCAUCGUUGGUUUCACAGGAAGAAAACCUCUUUCCAAGAGGCAUGUGGAGUGCCUGAGCCUCCGGAGGGCAGCUCUGAAGAAAGCAUGCCUCUGAGCCAGUUUGCCACUGUGGACCGAGAGGCCAUUUGGGCCGAGGUGGAGAAGGAACCAGAGAAGUGCCCGCUAAGAAGCGAGCUGAGCAAGGACGACCUUCCCUACUACGUGGACCUUCCCAACAGGAUGGCCAGCGGUGCCCUUGACAGCAGUGAGCACACCGACUCUGCAGACACGAGCUCUGCCCACACAGACAGUGAGACCACGUCCCCCUUUUCCUCACCCUCCCAUGACCCGCAGGAGCUGAGCAACGAAGAGAACUGCUGUGCACCCCUCCGCACAGGUGGCAGGCCGCACCCUAAGCACGCAGCCUGCCAGGCGGAAAACUUCCAGUCCAGUGCCCAGUUAAGCCUGGCGCGUGUGGACUCGGACAAGACCCAGGCAUCAGAGUCGCUCUCCAGUGACGAGGAGGCCGACCUGGAGCUCCAGGCCCUCACCACGUCCAGGCUGCUGAGGCAGCAGCGGGAGAGGCAGGAGAUGAUCGAGGCCUUGUUUAAGCACAUUCUGCUCUACCUGCAGCCCUACGACUCCCGGCGAGUUCUUUAUGCCUUCUCGGUGCUAGAGGCUGUGCUCAAGACCAACCCCAAGGAAUUUAUCGAGGCCGUGGCCAGGACCAGCAUGGACACCAGCUCCACUGCGCACCUCAACCUCAUCUCCAACCUCCUUGCUCGCCACCAGGAGGCCCUCGUUGGCCAAAGUUUCUACGGAAAACUCCAGACUCAGUCCCCCAACGUGUGCCCUCACCCCCUGCUCAUUGAGCUCCUCACAUACCUGUGCCUGAGCUUCCUGCGCAGCUAUUACCCAUGUUACUUAAAGGUCUCCCACCGAGACAUCCUUGGCAACCGGGAUGUGCAGGUCAAAAGCGUGGAGGUUUUGAUCCGAAUAAUGACGCAGCUAGUGUCGUUGGCCAAGGCUGCCGAGGGGAAGAACGUGGAGUUCAUCCACAGCUUACUAGAGAAGUGCAAAGUCCAGGAGCUGGUGCUGCUUUCCCUGGUGGCAUCCAUGCAUACGAGCCAGAAGCGCUAUGGGCUGGCCACUGCUGAGCGAGGCCGGGCCCUGCAGGAGGACAGCCUCUUUGAGGAGAGUCUCAUCAACUUGGGCCAGGAUCAGAUCUGGAAUGAGCACCCUCUGCAGAUUGAACUGCUGAAGCUCCUGCAGGUGCUUAUUGUCUUAGAACAUCACUUGGGCCAGGUCCACGAGGAGGCUGAACACCAGCCAGACCUGUCCCGGGAGUGGCAGAGGUCCCUUAACUUCCAGCAGGCCAUCAGUGCUAUGCAGUACGUGCAGCCCCACCCCCUCACCUCCCAGGGGCUCCUGGUGUCCGCUGUGGUGAGAGGCCUGAAGCCAGCCUACGGCUAUGGCAUGCACCCAGCCUGGGUGAGCUUGGUCACCCAUUCCUUGCCAUACUUUGGAAAGUCCCUGGGAUGGACGGUGACACCCUUCAUUGUCCAGAUUUGCAAAAAUUUGGAUGAGUUGGUCAAACAGUAUGAAAGCGAAUCUGUGAAGCUCUCUGUCAGCAUAACCUCCAAGAGGGAAAACAUUUCUCCGGAUUAUCCACUCACUCUUUUGGAAGGUCUAACAACUAUUAGUCAUUUUUGUCUUUUGGAACAAUCCAACCAAAAUAAAAAGACCACUGUUGUGAGUGAUCCUACCAAUCUGAAAAAUGCCAGGAAUGCCAUUCUGGAAGAGUUGCCUCGAAUUGUUAACACCGUGGCCCUUCUCUGGAAUGUUCUCAGAAAGGAGGAGACUCAAAAGAGACCAGUCAAUCUCCUUGGAGUCACAAAGGGAUCCUCUUCCGUUUACUUUAAAACCACCAAAACCUUACGACAAAAAAUUCUAGACUUCUUGAACCCCUUGACGGCCCACCAUGGUGCUCAGCUAACAGCUGCUGUUGCCGCCGUGUGGAACAGAAAGGUUAAACAUCAUGGCAAGGUGAAGAUUGUUCCAGUAGCAAGUGCAUCCCAGCUAACCCUUGUCGAUCUGAUGUGUGCGCUCAGCUCCCUGCAGACAGACACAAUACUGCAACUGGUGAAGGAGGUGGUAAAGAGGCCGCCGCAGAUCCGAGGGGAUGAGAAAGCGCCCCUCGUGGACAUCCCUGUGUUGCAGUUUUGCUAUGCUUUCAUCCAGAGGCUCCCAGUAACAGCCUUGCAAGAGAACUUCCCUUCGUUGCUGAGUGUGCUAAAGGAGUCUGUGCCGCUCAAUCUGGCUCCCCCUGGGUAUUUUCUGCUCCUCAGCAUGCUGAAUGACUUUGUGACACGAACUCCCAACCUGGAAAGCAAGAAGGACCAAAAAGACCUGCAGGAAGUUACUCAAAAAAUCCUAGAAGCUGUAGGGAACAUAGCUGGCUCUUCCUUGGAACAAACCAGCUGGCUCAGCAGAAACCUGGAGGUGAAGGCCCAGCCUCAGAUCUCUCUAGAAGAAUCUGAUGCUGAGGAAGAUUUGUGCGCAGAUGCUGCUGCUGCCAGUUCAGCGAUGGUGUCUGCGUCAGCCCCUUCGAUGUACAGUGUGCAAGCCCUCUCUCUCCUGGCAGAGGUUCUAGCAUCCCUCCUGGACAUGGUUUACCGGAGUGAUGAGAAGGAGAGGGCAGUGCCGCUCAUCUCCCGUUUGCUCUACUACGUGUUCCCCUACUUGCGCAACCACAGUGCCUACAAUGCCCCCAGCUUCCGAGCCGGCACUCAGCUGCUGAGCUCUCUGAGCGGUUACGCCUACACGAAGCGAGCCUGGAAGAAAGAAGUCCUGGAGCUAUUCUUGGACCCUGCUUUCUUCCAGAUGGACACGUGUUGUGCACAUUGGAAGUCCAUUAUUGACCAUCUUCUGACUCAUGAGAAAACAAUGUUUAAAGAUUUAAUGAACAUGCAGAGCAGUUCUUUAAAACUGUUCUCAAGUUUUGAGCAGAAAGCCAUGCUGCUAAAGCGCCAGGCUUUUGCUGUGUUCAGUGGAGAACUCGAUCAGUACCACCUUUACCUUCCUCUGAUACAAGAACGCCUGACAGACAAUCUCAGAGUUGGACAGACAUCCAUAGUUGCUGCUCAGAUGUUUCUUUUUUUCAGAGUUUUGCUGCUAAGAAUAUCUCCCCAACAUUUGACUUCAUUGUGGCCAAUCAUGGUCUCUGAAUUAGUUCAGACAUUUAUACAGCUUGAAGAAGAUCUGAAAGAGGAUGAAUCAUUGAGAAACAACAACAAAAUCAAGAGAAUGAAAGUUUCAGUUGCAGAUGGAAAUGGGCCCUUGAUGGGGGAGAUACCCCAGAGUGAACUCAUCUUAUAUUUAUCAGCUUGCAAAUUCUUGGACACGGCACUUUCCUUUCCCCCUGACAAGAUGCCAUUGUUUCAAAUUUAUAGGUGGGCAUUUGUUCCAGAAGUGGACACAGAGGGCCCCUCCGCCUUGUCAGAGCUGGAGGAGAAUCACCAAGAAUGCAAACCCCACACUGUUAUGAUUCUAGAACUUCUAAAAUUAAAAUAUGGGGAAGCUAGCAGCUCUGACGAAAUAACCAUGAAAAGUGAAUUCCCUCUCCUGCGCCAACAUUCUGUUAACAGCAUUAAGCAAUUGAUACCAUUCUUCAAGACUCUAAAUUGUGCCUUUAAAACCCAAAGUAAGCUGCCUGCUGAUGCCCAAAGGCCCGCACCCUUGGGGUUCCCAGUCACAGGUAGCCCAAGGGUCUUGAAACAGCUAGAAGAAUGUGCUGAAUGUGAUUUUCUGGAACAUCUGGAAUGUUAGCCUAAUAAGACAGAAUCUGUUUAAUCAAUUUACUGAUAGUUCCAUUGAAAACCACGAUAUAUUCUAACCAAUUAAGGUGCCAGGAUAGCACCUUUAAACAAGUCUUUUUUAAUUUUGAAAGUAGAUUUCAGAUAAUUUUCUGUUGGGCAACAAAACAGAUCUCCCUAAAUGUCUUGUUAUAUAUUUGGAUCUGAUUAUAUGUUUCUUCCUCAAUUUAUGUAAAGAAAAUAAAAUUAAUAUAUCAUCUAACGGUA